GUCUUUUUCUCUGUCUUUGCUCCCUCUCUCUGAUCCAGCACCUUGACAGGGAUAUUGAGUUGCUGCCAGUAUAUCCCUCAUGGAGGAGUGUGUGGGGGGGGGCUUGCCAUGUAUCUGCAGUCUGGCUGCAAUGGAGGUUUCCGCUCUCCCUCCACACUCCUUCCUUUGUCUCCCCCCUCUUGCUCUCACUCUCACUCGCUCCCCUUCUCACACUCUUGGCAUGAUACGAUUGUUCUCAUCUCACCUCAAGUUAAGCGUAGAUGUAGACAGCCGGGUGCAGUCUGAUGAGCGUUGCAUGGGUUUGCUCACGAGCAGGAGUGGAAGGGAAGAGGGGAGGGAAGGAGCGAAUGAGGAUAGCAGGGAACAGAGAGAGAGAGAGAGAGAGAGAGGGAGAGAGAGAGAGGGCAGAAGAAACAUAAACAAAAACAGAGGCAAACAGAGAGCGUGCCUGCUGAAUAUGUAUGUUUCAUUUCUUUUUCGGGUGAGUGUGUGUGUGUGUUUUGCAACGAUGCUCUACUUGGCAGCUCCCGGGCCAGUUUGAUGGGUCCCCUCCACUAACAUGCUGUCAUUUCCUUUAGGUACCUGACGAAGACACGAACAACAUAGACGCUAUCAGGGUCAACACAGGUAGAGCACUCAGUAACUCUGCAGGCCAGACUUAGCUGGUCUCCUUUGGGACAGUAACACACAUGCCGGCUCCCUGUGGUCAACACCUAUAAACACAUGAGAGGGAAGGAACACAGACAAACCAUGAAAAAGAUAUACAUUGGCAAAACCGCCUUAAAAGUCCCCCGAAAUGGCGGCAAACAUCCUAAAAAGAGCUCAUUGCUGGAGCAAAAGGAAGACUUACGGAAGAGGCUUUCCUACACAACACACAAGCUGGAGCUGCUGCAGAGUGAGUUUGACUCCACGCGGCAGUACCUGGAGACGGAGCUGCGGCGAGCCCAGGAGGAGCUGGACAAGUUUACUGAUAAACUGCGCAGAAUACAAAGCAGCUACUCAGCACUGCAGAGGAUCAACCAAGAUCUGGAGGAAAAGAUCCAUAGAAAUUCUCAGCACCAUGACGAUGAGAAGCGAGCUCUGAGCAGAGAGAUCAUCGUUCUCAACAACCACCUGAUGGAGGCCAAGCUCACCAUCGAGAAGCUACGAGAGGACAACGAUCUGUACAGAAAGGACUGUAACCUGGCAGCUCAGCUCCUCCAGUGCAACAAGUCUCUUUACAGAGCCCAGCUGUCUGAGCUACCUGCUGAUUUUCAGGAGCGAUUGACCAUGCACUUAGAGGAGUCUCCUCUCUGUCACACCUACCCGGACACUGUCCCGGCCUCUCUCAUUGCCAAAGUGCUUGAGAAGCCGGACGAGGCCUGCAGUAGUAGCCAGGCCUCUCGCUCCCCAAGCCCCCAAACCCAGGACCAUGCUUUUAUUUUGGAGAGCUUGGGCCCAGGAGAGCGCCUGGGGCUCCGCGCAGCCUACAAAUCCGACCUGUACAGCAGUGACACAGCCCUAUAUUGCCCUGAUGACCGGCACCGUGAGCGGAGGCCCAGCAUGGACCUCCACGGUCAGAGGAAGCUACUGUAUGGCCCCCAAAACUCUACCGACAGCAACCCAGAGGAGGGAUCAGUUGGGUUGACGGCCGGCUUCUCCCAGGAGCACUUUGCUAAGUUCCCCGCCACGCUGGGUGGAGGCUCCAGCUCCUACUCCAGCUUCAGUGGAGGGGGAUCUGAGGACAAAGGCAACGGCCCACCCAGCAGUGUAGCUUCCUCCCCUCGCCAUCAUUCCCUCUACAUGGAGUGGAGAGAUGCAGGGGACUAUGAGCGAAAGAGUGACUCAUCCUGGGAGCGGGACAGUCCAAGAGGCUUUGCCAACGCUCAUCCCUUCCAGCAGACGGAGCUGAGCCACCAUCAGAACGGCAGUUCGCCCGUCUACAGCCGCACCAUGUCCUCCUGCUUCAGUGAGCCCUAUGAGCCGCUCCCUCCCUCUUCAUCCCCAAGUGUUGCCUAUGGAGACAGUCGUCGAGGCAGCACAUUAGCCCCCGAGGAGGAGGAGUUGAUUGGUCGAUGGAGACAACUUAGCGUGGAGGACUUAAGUGCCCACACCUACCGUAGCCCAGGCCGGGCUUCACCUUACAGCUUCUCAGAGCAGCACUUCUCUGUGCGGCCUGCUAAGAUCCGACUCGGGCCACUCUACAGCAGCUUCCAGGAAGGAGCUGACUAUUAUCAUCACGGAGCGGGUGCCAUGGACCCGGUGUGGGUGGCCGCCAGCCCAAGUCCCGAAUGCAGCCCAGGGCUGCGGCAGGCGCACAGCCAAGCCCACCUCUACCGAGCUGAGGACAGCCAGGGGUCGGAGCACAGCCUCUACCACUCAGGGAGCUCCAAAGACAGGGAGGGCAACGUGGCAGCUGGUGGCCAGAGCACGGAUUACGCAGACCCCAGCCCCAACAGCUCCACCGAGUCUCUCAACCAGAGGUCCUUGGAGAUGGCCGCGGAGCUGCAGCACUAUCAAGUGGAGAUGCACAGCUUGCCUGCGCAGGUGAACCAGUCACCACCCCCGGCCCCACCCCCUCCUCCUCCGUACAACCAAAAAUUUGGUUCCCUGGGACUUUCCAGGAAGGACAGUCUGACCAAGGCCCAGCUUUAUGGAACUCUUCUGAACUGAAGGACUUUCCAAUCAGGUUAAUUCAUCGGUAGGAUGUUAGAUGCAGGGCCCUGGUGUGUGUCCAGCUACACAUUCUGUUAGCACGACCAACCAUUUUGAUAGAAAAUGGUUUGAAUAGAAGCCAGGAGCCAAAUAAUUCAGUAUCAUGAACAUGUAACUAUUGCUGAUUAUUUAAAAGCUUUGAUUGUAUGGCAGUGGAUGGCAACAGUUUACACUACAAUUGUCCAGAACAAGUUAAGUCAUGUUAAGAGUUGGAUGUGGGGCAACAGGAGUAGUGGAGCUCACGUGGCCCUUAAAUUUGUAAGAAUGUGUAUGUAUUUAAAUUACAUAUGUAUAAAUAUAUACUUAUAACUACAAAUUGAGUGAUAUAUUUUGUAUGUGGCAAGAAAUACAUCCAAAACAAUCAAACUAAAUGCAAAUCUUGAUAAACCUGGAACUUGUAAAUAAAUUAAAAACUGCCAAUCCUAUAUUUGAAAACGCAGAAAGCUAUAUUUAGGGAGAAUAGAUGCCCAGAUAAACUGCAUAUAGAUUCAUUUCAGUCAUUAUUUUGAAUCGGCUGAAACAGCGUUGGCCUUGUGGGGAUUUUGUGAAUGUGAAACAUGAGGGGACGUCAAAAAAAACAAUUAAUCACUCAAACAUACUUUUUGUUUUUCUUCUGUUGAUUGAAUUUGACAGUAUUGAUGGGUGUGUUAUAUUGUUAUUGAUGGAACAUUUUGAGAUCUGUCUUAGCGGUCAGUAUUACCUUAUUUUUGCUCUUCUAUAUCCCACUGAGAGGUUUUCCUGCCCCCAUUCUACCUCAGAUUUGGAUUGCCCACACCCCAUUAAGCCACUGUAACCUUGUUUCUUUGACUACGAUGCAUGUUUAUAUAUUUUGGUUGUUUUGUUCGCCUAAUAAAGCACAAAUUACACAUAUAA